AGUCAAUAUAGAGGCAUGGCACAGCGUGGGUCCAGUCAAUUCAAUAGUUUAUUUGUGCAAAAGUGAAAGUACAAAUAACAAGAUCAGAUGCAAUGACUACAAUCUCCACAAGAGGCUGAUAUAAAACAAAAAAACGAAAUAAGGACAUAUCUACGAGCACUUUACCUGCCUUCCUGAGCAAUGAAGAUUCGAACAAGAUGUGUCCCAGAAGCAUCAUGCAAACUUGAGGGUGCGCUCAGCGCGACGGCUACCUGACGAGCCUGUCGGAGACAUGGGGCUUCUGAAUGUGGCCUGGUGGCCAGGGACGGCCAUCCGUCCUCUCUUGACCCAACACAAAGGGAUGUUUUUCCAACACAUUGAUGUCACUUUCACCUGUCACUCAAACAGACCAUUAUGAUCUCUGAUCGGAGUCUCCAGGGCAACCUCCUCCAUAUUCCUGCAUGGGCCCUCCUCUCAGAAGCCUAACCUCUCCUAAUCCUCCUCCCCCUGUUUCCGUGGCGACGGCUCAGACGAGCAGGUGACGCAUUGACAGAGAGCAGAUGGUUCCCCGUGGAGACACAAGCAGAGACCGAGAGCUCGUGAAAACACUUGAUAAGACAAGGAAGUUUGGGGAAAUGGAGUUGCAGUACGGAAAACACAGUAUGCUGACACCUGAAGAAAGAAGUCGUCGACACCUUUAUUGCUCGAAGCCCCGAUUUAUGAGGGCACAGCCGGGCGAACCUCACCCCCUCUGCCGCAUCAGUCACCCGGGGAGACGAGUCAACAGCAAGGCCUGGCAACUCGGUUCCAGACCCCAUCAGUGGAGAAAUACGGCACCAUCAUAUUACUUCUGCUUUGUGAAGCAAGCAGUCCUGUGGAACAGAGGACAGCAUCACACCGUUAUCUUAAGACAGAAUGGACCUCUGCCCAUGUGUUCACGUUUUCAUGCUCAUAUGGAGGCCUGCCCGAUCCGCUCUAGCCACCCGUAUUUCCCUAAAAUGCAGCCCAGACCUCAGCCUAUUCAUCUGGGGCAAAAACAAAGACGGCAGUCCCCGAGUGCCCCACAUCAUCAAGCAUGGCCAGAUAACAGGAGGACGCAAUCUGUGAGCAAUUCCAGUAGAAGACAAUUUGCUGUGAAUCUACCCCUUGUGCCGCCAUCCCCUAACCCAAGCGAAGCUUCUCUCGAACCCCCCGUUAGUCCAUCUCUCACUUUUCGGUCUGUCGAUCACCCUCAGAGAUUCCCGUCUCCCAGCAAACACAUCCCAUUAGAAGAUGAAGAUGGGGAAGAUGAUGUACUCUCUCCACCAGACCUGAUUCAGAGGCAACAAGAAAAGGAUGAGGAUGAAGCAAUGACCCCAAGCACACUUAACACCCCUACAACCCCCAGCGUCCCAGCUACCCCAAGUACUCCAGGCACCCCAAGUACUCCAGGCACCCCGACCUCUUGUGUUACCCCAAAUUCUUUGUCAGACUUCAGUCGGCCUGCAUCCAGCCAGUUCAGUCGUAGCACUGACCUCAACAGCAGCUUCUCUGACGCCCUAUCAGUAAACUUCAGCGUUGAUGAUGGUCCUGACAAUGGCUCUGAUGAUGAUGUUGAUUACCACAACCAGAACAAUAAUUAUACGAUUGGCUCAUCUACAUCUCCACCUGAUCCUCAAUUCAGCUCUCCAGGAAGUUGUGGUCGGGCCACCUCACAGAUGGAGUUCCCACAACCAGGUCACUCCAAACCUACUACCUUCCAACCAGACACCCCAAUUUUUACCCGAAACAUCCAGCCUCAGAGCCCUCAAUUAAGGCAAGCUUCAGACGUCCAAAAGUUUACGGAUGAAACCCUGAAUGAACACCCCUCUCCGAGCCGGUCUAGUUUGAGUCCCAAGCUUUGCAGUCAGUCCAGACAGAGUCAUUUCUCAGAAGUGGAUAGUCGAUCCGAAUGGAACCUGUGGCCAGUGCUUCCUCCCAUCAUGUCUCAACCAGAUGAAUUGCAAGGUGAGAAUAUAUUGGAGGGGACCCCUUACUCCAAAUCCAGCAGGUCCCAGUCUGAUAUGUUUGCUGAAUUGGAUGAUCUGGCCCCUCGCUCGGAUUCCUGCGGGUCCUUGGACCACCCAGCCGGAAGUGAGACAGACCGAUCCUCACCUACCACAGAUCUGAGUCCUGGGCUUGCAGCUCUGACAGUGGGCUGUGAUUCGGGAGAUCUGGGAUCUUUGUCCCGUGUGCAGCUGUUGCUAUUUGAGAGAAGAGGAUCGGAGAGCCCCGGUUCUGUCCCGAGCCCUGACUGUCUUAACCCAACAGAUGGAGAGGACUACGAACCUGGCCUACGAGUCUGGAGCUCGGGCAUUCCCCAAUAUUAUCAGUCCACGGUCGUGGAAAACCACAAACCAUUAAGUGGGAGAAACACCAAAUUGUGCGAGGCCCAAGAUUCUUUGGUGACUCUGAAGGGAUACAGACAUUGCCCCGAGCUCAUCAGUGAGGGGAGUGGAUCAAGGACAUCAUCAUCAUGUUCGAUUAACUCAAGGAUUUCUGAGAGCAGCACCAGAAACAAAGAGAGACCCAGCCAAGGUUGUAAGCAGCCUGAUGAAAAUGACCCGAUUUAUUGGUCCCCUCUCUCUCCCAGUGCAUUGCUGGCAGAAAAUUCUGCUAAGGAGGAAACUGCACAGGAGCAGAAACGCUCAGAGAGCAGAGACCGUGCUGAAGUGGAAGUCCAUAUGAACCCGUCCAACAGACUUAGAGAGAAGAAGAAGAGGAAGAAAGAGAGCAAGAAGACCAAGGAGUUGAAGAAUAAAGCCUUGGAGAUUUUCUCCAAACUGCAGGAUGGAAAAGACCCAGCACAGCCCGAUCAUCAGAGCCCAUGCGCCAAGUUUGAAGACUUUGAUUUCCUGGCAAAAUACUGCAUCCUUAGUCAGGAGAAGCUGUCGUUGUACAAAAAGGCUUUUGAGGCAGCUGAUAGUGAUGGAGAUGGGUAUCUGAGCUGCCUCCAAGUGCUGGUAGCCCUGAAAGAGAUCAUUCCUGCAGAACUUCUGACAGAAGAUGAGGAAAUAUAUGUCUACAGGAUUUUGGAGCUGGUUGAUUUUAGAGUGACAGACGGCCUUACAGACCUGCGGCUGUUUGCGGUAGUAGCCAGUUUGGCCCAGAAAAUAGCCACAUUGGAUGAGUUUAUGCGCACCCUUAUCAGCAAGAUGGAUUUCAAGUCUCUGGAGAUGAAGCUUUACAAAGCCAAGCAGUUGUUCAUGUUCCUGCUAGAGGCGCAGACAGGGGGCGCUGUGGUGCCACAGGGCUGCAUAGAUGGUGAGCAUCUACUCGUGGAGCUCAAAGCCGGGGGCAUCAGGCCAGAGGACGAGGAGUCAGUGAGACGGGAGCUUCGCGGCCUUCGCUCCCUUGACCUUCUUGACUUCCUCGCUCACCUGCCUCUCUUCAUCCUCAUCCACAACUCGGUCAUCGCCAAUCCCUUUGACGACUCCAGCAACCUGUGAGGGCAUCUACAAGAACAGAUAAUAAUCAAGUGAAAUUCGCUCUCAAGUGUAUGAGAUAUGUAAGAUUGCGAUAGAGAUGAUAAGCCAAAUAAAAUAAAAAGAAAUUCA